CUUUGCCGUGUGUUCUUUCCGCUCCGCGCCUUUCCGCCGCCAGCAUGAGCGUGGUGGAGCACGUACGAGAGAUGGCGUCCGCCGGGCUCCAUUCUAACGUGCGGCUCCUCAGCGGGCUUCUCCUCACGAUGAGCGGCAAUAACCCGGAACUGUUUUCACCAUCUCAGAAAUACCAGCUCCUUGUAUAUCAUGCAGACUCUCUCUUCCAUGAUAAAGAAUAUAGAAAUGCUGUAAGUAAGUAUACAAUGGCUUUGCAGCAGAAAAAGGCAUUAAGUAAAACUUCAAAAGUAAGACCUUCUACUGGGAAUGCUGCAUCAACUCCCCAAAGCCAGUGUUUACCGUCUGAAAUUGAAGUGAAAUAUAAAAUGGCUGAAUGUUAUACAAUGCUGAAGCAAGAUAAAGAUGCCAUUGCUAUUCUUGAUGGGAUUCCUUCCAGACAGAGGACCCCAAAGAUCAAUAUGAUGUUGGCAAAUCUAUACAAGAAAGCAGGUCAAGAACGCUCAUCUGUUACGAGCUACAAAGAAGUACUGAGACAGUGCCCUUUAGCACUUGAUGCCAUACUAGGCUUGCUCUCGCUGUCGGUGAAAGGUGCGGAAGUGGCCUCUAUGACGAUCAACGUAAUUCAGAGUAUUCCUAACUUGGAUUGGCUUUCAGUGUGGAUCAAGGCAUAUGCUUUUGUGCAUACUGGAGAUAACACAAGAGCAAUAAAUACCAUUUGCUCUUUAGAGAAAAAGUCAUUGCUGAGGGAUAAUGUAGACUUACUGGGGAGCUUAGCAGACCUGUAUUUCAGAGCCGGAGAUAAUAAAAACUCUAUUCUAAAAUUUGAACAAGCACAAAUGCUGGAUCCUUACCUAAUAAAAGGAAUGGAUGUAUAUGGUUAUUUAUUGGCACGUGAAGGUCGACUAGAGGAUGUGGAGAAUUUGGGCUGCCGUCUCUUCAAUAUUUCUGAUCAACAUGCGGAACCCUGGGUGGUAUCUGGGUGUCACAGUUUCUACAGUAAACGAUACUCUCGUGCCUUAUAUUUAGGAGCCAAAGCUAUCCAGCUUAAUAGUAACAGUGUUCAAGCUCUCCUGCUGAAAGGAGCUGCUCUUAGGAAUAUGGGCCGAGUACAGGAAGCAAUUAUACACUUCCGUGAAGCAAUACGUCUUGCACCUUGCAGGCUGGAUUGCUAUGAAGGUCUCAUCGAAUGUUACCUAGCAUCCAACAGUAUCCGUGAAGCUAUGGUUAUGGCAAAUAAUGUGUAUAAAACUCUGGGAGCAAAUGCACAGACACUCACUCUGUUAGCAACAGUCUGUCUUGAAGACCCAGUCACGCAGGAAAAAGCAAAAACAUUAUUGGACAAAGCGCUAACGCAAAGACCUGACUACAUUAAAGCUGUGGUAAAGAAAGCAGAACUUCUUAGUAGAGAACAGAAAUAUGAAGAUGGAAUUGCUUUGCUGAGGAAUGCCCUGGCUAAUCAGAGUGACUGUGUUCUGCACCGAAUACUGGGAGACUUUCUUGUAGCUGUCAAUGAAUAUCAGGAAGCGAUGGACCAGUACAGUAUUGCCCUGAGUUUGGACCCAAAUGAUCAGAAGUCACUAGAAGGAAUGCAGAAAAUGGAAAAAGAGGAAAGUCCAACAGAUGCAACCCAGGAAGAAGAUGUGGAUGAUAUGGAGGGAAGUGGAGAAGAGGGAGACUUGGAAGGCAGUGACAGUGAAGCAGCUCAGUGGGCAGAUCAAGAACAGUGGUUUGGCAUGCAGUAAUGGCCUCUCAUCCUGCUGCUUGUUUUGGACUUGAACAUACCACUAGGGCCAUUCUUUGAAGAACAUAAACUAUGAUUUUUGCAGUAACAAAGAACUUUUUUUUUCCCUUUUUUUUAAAGACUCUGAAACCAUUUAAUAGUUCUAUGCAUCUCAAUGCCAUGAAGAUUCUUGAUGCUUCUUAUUUAUUAAGUGUAAGGAACUACCUGUAUUGUAGGUUAUUUGCAACUUUCAUUUCAAAAAAUUCCUGCUAAAACUAAAAACAUUAGACUCUGAAGUGUGUAAUAAGCCUGUUGUUUAUGAUGAAAAUAAUGUCUAAAUUCUGUCCCGGGCUAAGUGUGCUUGAUCGAUUUGUAAAUACAGUGGUUUGUACUCCUUUGUGGAAAAGGUCUUACUC